CAAACAUAUGAUGCAUAACUUGACACAACUCUGAGCCAACAUGAUUUUUGCUUAUAACCCCUUCAAGUGUUGAGUGCAAAGAUUUGUAGUUUAGUUUUAAAAGAUAUACAUGUUUACCACUGGAAAACAAACAAGAAUAGCAUGUAAAAAUGUGCAUGUGCCUUUUAAAAUGUGUGGUGUGUUUGUGUAUUUGGCUUAAUUACAUUUUAUUACAUUACAUUUGUUGUGUUUAGUGGUACUGGUGCAAUCACUUUCAUUAAUAAACAUAAGAGUAAACAGUAAAGCAAUUACAAACUUAUAAAAUUAAUGUUGUUUCGUUCGGAAAAUUGUGUUCGCAGCUCAGACUUCAAUGGUGGUUUGUCGUGGAGUCGAAUCGGUGCUCAUUAGUGCAUCUUUUACAUGAAAAUGUCUUGUGGAGUCAAAAUUAUAAAGAUAAUACUAACUCAAGUUAUGGAUAUGAAUAUGAACUUUUUUUCAGUAUUUCGAAGACUUUUACAGAUGAAAAUAAUAAUAGGUAAAUAAAAGAUAUACGGGACUGCGCUCCCAGAGAUAUUGGAAUUAUAGCAAGUGAUCAAAAGUAAUUGAAAAAUAGAGAAACACAGCUUUUUUCCGAAACUUUAUUCGAUGUGAAGCAGUAAUAAAAUGUGAAUUUUCAAAAGUGCCAUAAAAUGAAAUAUAUUCUGUUUAUAUAUAUAUAUGUCUUUUUAAAAAUCUAACAUGCUAACGACUUGUAAAGCAUUCCUUGUUGCACCUAGUCAAAGGAGUAUAACUCAGAGGGAAAUAAUCUCAGCAGGCUUCUGUAAGGAAAGAUACGAUAUUGAGUAAUAACUUAGAUGCUAAAUAUUUCUUAAAAUGGAAGGGCUGCUGUAACAGUGGAGACCGAUAUGCCGCCUCCUGGGGAAGAUCAAACAAAUGAAACGGAACACCCCGAUUUAGAGGUGAUAAAACAACUUCAAUUAAUAAGAAGACGAUUGUUAAGUCAGACCCAUUUCAUUAGCAUGACCGACAUUGAAACAAGUGCUCAACAACAAGAACACCUUCAAAAUGUGCAGAGUCUGCAACCCGAAAGCUGCCUCCAAGAGUUGCAUAAUCAACUGAGCAGUCAAUUCGUGUCAGCUCGGUUUGCAACUCCUAAUCCGCAUCAUCACCAGCAUGCAUCAUCUGUAACUUCCGGAAGCCUCGUGCCAUUUCUUCCGGCCUUUCUUCAGCCCCCGAUACCAGCUCAACAGCUGCUCCAUCUUGUUCCAAGCCAGACGAGUCUCCAUACUGUCACCCACCAAAGUCAUCCUCAAAGUGAGCCAUCCAGCGCACACAAAAUGGCCCUAGCACCUAUGUGGUCCUCUGCAGCUGUGGCGGCUGCACACAUUCAGGCCGCUCUGGCGGCUGCAGCGGUUGCAGCUGUCAAUAAUAAUAAAAACAGCAGCAUUUUUUCUAACAACAACAAGGUACUCGCUUUAUCAAACAGUGGUAAUGAACCUUCUAGUGCGGAUUCCUCCGCAUCUCUACCGUUAGUAGAGAUAAGAGAAAUAAGAAAAGGCGGGAACGGAGUGGCGUGCUUGUCAAGGCCGGAGUCCCCAGAAAACGAGAACCCACCUUAUGCAAUCCUCUCUUAUACCCACAACACACCUCCACAAUCACCACAUGGUCGAACAGCUGAAUGUUCCAAGAAUUUUUCACCAUCGCCAACGGACAAUCACAGCAUGGCAAGCCUAUCUGAAGCCCAAGACUCGGAAAUGGAUGCUCCACUUAAUCUUAGCAAGCCAAAGGGAUCACCCAGUUCUUCGCCGAUCAGCUCUUCUCAAAGGGAUCACAACGAAUGCCUUACUCCUGUUGUGUCCAGUCCACCCCUUAGCUGGCAAGGGCAUAAACAAUAUGCCGAUAUAGAGUCGAACCAUUUAAACAGUCAUGAGAGAGUGUGGAAUUCAGCUGUCGUCAGUUCUUCAGUAUCACGGGCAACGCGAAUUAGCCGGGACUCAGUUAACAGUUGCGGUACAAAUUCAGAACGAUCAGCUGCGUUGGAUUCCGAAAGUAUCACAACGGGUCAACUUGGCGCUAUACCUCCGCCAUCAUCACACCUGCUAAGGCAAGGCAAUGGACAUGGACACGGCCAUAGUCACGGGCACAGCAAGCCGCACAUAAAAAGGCCCAUGAAUGCAUUCAUGGUAUGGGCUAAAGAUGAGCGAAGGAAGAUAUUGAAGGCCUGUCCGGAUAUGCAUAAUUCAAACAUAUCCAAAAUUUUGGGAGCCCGCUGGAAAGCAAUGUCUAAUGUCGACAAGCAGCCGUAUUACGAAGAACAGUCAAGACUUUCGAAACUUCACAUGGAACAGCAUCCGGACUACCGUUAUAGACCUCGACCCAAGCGCACAUGCAUUGUUGAUGGCAAAAAGAUGCGAAUAUCCGAAUACAAAGUCUUGAUGCGUAAUCGGCGUGCUGAGAUGAGACAGUUAUGGUGCCGCACAGGAGGGGUUAGUGGUGGGUCGGGAAGUGCCUGUGCCGACGUUUGCCCAAAGGGUCCCAAUGCUCAGGCUGCAGUUACAGCAGCUGUUUACCACUUGCAGGAUAUGGCCUCUGCAGCAGCUAAAGUUCAUGGCAAUGACUGUGGCCCCUUGCCAUCAGCCUCUCAGCAAUUCUUUUAUCCCCCAGAAAGCUUAUCGCCCUCCGGAUUUUCUUCAGAUGAAGUGGAGUUGGCAACUCAGCGCGAGGACGAUUAGAGUUCCGAUAACCACCACCCAAACCAGAAGAUCAGUAAUUCUGGCCAUACGUGCUAGAUCUCACCAGACAAAAGAAGGGAGAUAAUACCACUAAAAUUAGCUAUAAUUAUGUAAAUACAAAUAUGGCUUGGAUAGUCACUGUUUAAAUUAGCCUUAAGUUUCAGUUCAAGUGCCAUUACACGUAUACACAUGUAUAGAUAAUUUGUGAACCCAUAGUUCGCAAGCCAUUUGGUCUUGAGAACGUUGCAAUUUUUGUGCCAUUUUCGCACCAAUGCUUUAGCUAUAGAAAUAUCCCAGCUUAGACGUAAAAUUACAAUUAGCUAGUAUCGUUUAAUAUUUGUAAAAUUUACAAGCUUAAUAGAUCCAUACAUAUGUAAAUGUCAAAUUUGUAAGCGUCCAAAUACUCGAAGGUAGAUUAUUUAAAAGCCACUCAAAUACAUACAGUGUGUCAAAAAACGUUGUACUCCAUCUAAUUCAACUAUUUUUUUACUUAACAUGUAAAAUACAAUGUAAAAUUAAAAAGGAUACGUAGUUAUCAUAUAAAAUAUGCUUAAUUAAUAAGUGCAAAAACAGUGCAAUGGGAGCGAAUAAAAAACAACAACUUAAGUUUGUCAAAAAA